GGCCAGGUGCAGUCCUAAGCCGGGCUGCGGGAAGGUGCUGAGUCUCCGAGCUGGAGCAGCGGCCGCUGACUUAAGCCCUUUCAGACGAAGGAACCGGGACCCCCAGAAGGGAAGAGACUCGCCUAAGACAUCCCAGCCGAGUUCAGAGCAGAGGUCUCCUAGCUCCCAGUCCAGAUGCUGUCCCCCUCAGUGAUCCCCAUCCCCUACUCUGUGUUUUCCAAGUAAGGCCCGGGAGCUGCCAAUGGAGAAGAGGGAGGAGCCGCUGGACCCCGACAAAUUACUGCUUGAGCAGACCUGGUACCAUGGAGGGCUGUCCCAGAAGGAGGCAGAAGCUCUGCUGCUGGCGGAUGGGGACUUCCUGGUGUGGGCUUCCACUUCCACCUUAGCCUCUGGCUCAAGCCCCCUGGUGCUGUCCUGCUGCUGGGGCGGCCAACCCCUCCACUUUGAGGUGGUGCGAAUCCAGCUGCGCCCACGCCCUGGCAGGCCUUGUGCCCUCUUCCAGCUGGAGGAUGAGCGCUUCCCCAGCCUGCCUGCCCUGGUAAACUGUUAUGUGACUAUGCAGCGACCCUUGUCCCAGGCCUCAGGGGCUGUGGCUUCUCACCCCAUAGCCCGCAAUGGAUCUCCACAUCCUAUGACCUUCAGCAAGCCCUGCCGCCGGCGGAGCCUGAGCGGGGACGGCUGUAGUGAUGGUGCUCACCAGGUCCAUAAAGGGCUACUCAGGACCAAGGAGCUCAGUGGGAGCCAGCCAGCCAGCCUAAACAUCCUGGCUCACAAAGGAGGCUCCCCAAAGGGUAGCAAGGGACCAGGUUGCCCGGAUGACCCCCAGAUGGCCAAAGUGGUACCUCCUGCUUCCCCGCUUUUCCGUACUGGGAGUGACCCCGUACUGCGCAGGGCACAGCAACUGAGCACGGCCACCUCACUGUGGGGCUCAGAUGGGCAGCUGCAUCCCAAGGUACCACCCAAACCUCCACGGGCACCCUCUGUCAUGUUGCCCGAACGCCCUGGGACUUCCACCUCUGGUGAGCUGGUACCCCAGGAGAUCCUGCACCUCCAAGGGAAGGGGAGGCUUGGGGAGGAAGCUGGGACCAGGGAGGCGGCGGCCAGGCAUGGACCCACAGACAGACAGGAGACUGAGUCUAAGACAGAGGCCUCCCCUGGGGGAGAAGCUCUACCAAGAGAGGACACCAAGAAUGGCCAUGGAAACCGUGCCCACCUCGGCACCAAAGAAGGUCUGCAGGAGACCCCUUGGUGGGAAGAGUGGGAGCAAGAAGAGGCUGAAGAUUUCGUGAGGCCCCAAGGAGGAAUUCCCCCUGCCCUUCAGCCCCAAGCCUUCUCUUCCUGCUUGUUGGGCCCAGAGAACCGGCCCUUGGAGCCCAGUGCCCUGAAGACCCUUCGUGACCUGUUCCUGCGGCACGAUGUGGACACUGUGGCACGCCACCUGCUUCUCACCGACUGCCAGGCAGCCCAGGUUCUGGGUGUGACUCGAACUCAGCGCCAGGCAAUGGGUGUCCACUCGGGUCUGGAGCUCCUCAUGCUGCCUAAUGGUCAUCAACUGCGGCUUAACCUAUUGGAGAGGCACGAGGCCUUGGCCCUGGCUGCAGCCAUGGCUGUGGUGGGAUGCUCUGGGCCAAUGGCAGAGCGGGUGGCCACCUUGCUGGCCCUUAUUCAGCUGGCACUAGCCCUUCGGGCCCCCGGGGGCACAGGAGACCUCUUUGCUCUUUCUUCUGUGAUGACUGCCUUGCAGCUGCCCCAGAUCACACGGCUAGAAAGGACGUGGCGCCUCCUCCGGCAGAACCACACAGAGGCCGCGCUGGCCUUCGAAAAGGAGCUGAAGCCCUUUGUCCGAGCCCUGGAUGAAGGGGUUGGGAUUGGCCAGCCAGGGGAAGUGGCCCUGCCCCAGAUAGUGCCUGUGGCCCAGCUGCUGGAGGGAGUCCAGCUGUGGGGGUCUCAUGAGGAGAGCUGUGAACUGCUACUUCAGACGCUGCAGGGAGCCCGAGCCAUAGCCAACAAUGCCUCCCACUACCAAGAGGCAGCCAGGGCCAGACUGAAGGGUUUCCAGCCCACCCCAGAACUGUGUGAAGCCCUCCAGACAGAGUUUGUCCUGAGGCUCCUCUGGGGCAGCCGGGGUGCGGGAGCCGGACAGGCCGAGCGGCACAAGAAGUUCCACCUUGUCCUCAGUGCCCUGUCCAGGAGGCUAGAGCCCGAGGGCUGAGGUGUCACCUGAAUGGUCAUGCUCCAUCCUAGCUGGCCAGAUGACCCUCCCAGGCCUGACUCAGAGCCCAGCCUGACUGCUAGCACAAUGCUAGCUUCCCUGCCCCCACACCUAGAGAAGUGAACCUCUAGAGCUGGGGGAGGCAGGUACAACUGAGCCCUCAGACCCAGUUUCUCUUCCUCCUCUCCUUUGCUGAGACCAGGAAGUGCUCCCUGCCCUUCCAGAACCCAGAAGGCAUCCAGUGACGGGAAACUCACUACCUCAGAAGCUGUUCCUCUCAGCCCGCUGAAACCCACAUUUCCUUCUCCAGUGGGAAUGGGAAGCUCACCCCUCUCCUGCUGUCCCCUCUUGGAUAAGCUCCUUUAUGCAGAGAAGGGUGGGGGGACUCCACAGCCCUUCCCACAAGUCACAGGGAUCAGAUCAGUGGAGAAACUGGCUGGCUUUCUCCACUCUGAGUCCCCAGAAGGCCCCCAGCUUGGGUGGAGAGCCAGAGGCCACAUUCCAGUGCCACAGAUCCCUAGGCUGGGUAGCUCGAAGGGGCAGGGGAAACCUUGGUGGUGCCCACCUCAUGUUCUUCACUCUCUUCUCUGGUGCUACCCUGACAGGUGGAUAAGGUCUCUGGGAAAGGACACUGCGCCACAGGCCACCCACCCAAGUCUUAAAUAAAGCUCCAAGUCAGGGGCUGCACA